AUGUGUGUUGGACAGGAUUCCUCAAGGCCAGGUGCUCACACCACCGUGAAGAAGAUCUUUGUGGGUGGCAUCAAGGAGGACACAGAGGAGCACCACCUUAGGGACUACUUUGAUCAGUUUGGCAAGAUCGAAGUCAUCGACAUCAUGACUGAUAGGACCAGUGGGAAGAAGAGGGGUUUUGCCUUUGUUACAUUUGAUGAUCAUGAUGCAGUUGAUAGGAUUGUCAGUAAGUUCUCAAGUCUACACCAUUGAUACAGAAAAGCUGCUAUUGUGUAUUUAGAUGUUUUAAUUUGUUUUUUCAUCUCAAGUGAUUUACUUAUCUGUUUAACAAUCUCCAUUCUCUGCUUACAGUCCAGAAGUAUCAUACAGUGAAUGGUCACAACUGUGAAGUGAGGAAGGCUUUGUCAAAGGAAGACAUGAACCGGUCAGGUAUGAAUUGUAGCAGUUGAUUCCCAACAACAACUGAAGCUUUUGACGUGAUGUUGAGAAAGUGACUGACCUGUUUGACGUCUGUCUUUCAGGGCCAAGAGGUGGAAACUUUGGUAGAGGUGGCGGAUAUGGAGGUAUGAGCACUCAAGGGCUUUUAUUUCCUUUUUAACCAUAUUCAACCUUGUUCCACAGGGAAUUAAUUGACUAGUUGGUUGCCCUGGUGCAAUGCAGGCUUCAAGUUAGUCUCACAGCUAUAAAGAUUAAUAUUAUUUUCCAGGUGGUUUUGGUGGAGGGAGAGGAGGUGGAGGAUAUGGUGAUAACGAUGGGUACAAUAACUAUGGAGGCAAUGGUGAGUUCUUCUCCCCUGUUUUUCUAGAUAUUGUAAAGGAAAAUGUGGGCAAUGUUGUCGGGUGGAUAUGCCGGUUUGUCCAAAAGCUUGACUUGUUUCCUUAGGUGGCAGCUAUGGUGGAGGUCCCGGCGGGUAUGGUGGCGGCAACCGGGGCUAUGGCGGAGGAGGAGGAGGCAGCGGCGGCUAUGGCAACCAGGGUGGCAGCUAUGGAGGAGGAGGAUACGACAAUUACAACAAUGGCGGAGGUGGUGGUGGAAGCUACAGAGGUGGUAGGUCAUCCAAGCAAGGGUGUGCUGCACAUAUAAAUAGUGCCAUCACUUAGUCUGGAUCGCUGUAUGUGAUGGAUAGCUUGGAUUUUAAAACGGCUGUAUCUGUGUCCUCUUGCAGGUAACUACGGAGCUAGCGGUGGUGGCGGGAGCAGCAGUGGAAGUGGUGGUGGUGGUGGAGACUACAAUGACUUUGGCAAUUACAACAGCCAGUCGUCCUCCAGCUACGGCCCAAUGAAAGGAGGUGGCGGCUAUAGCGGCGGCAGUGGAGGGGGCAGGAGCAGCGGCCCAUAUGGUGGUGGUGGUGGUGGUGGUAAGUCCCACGUCGUUACACUUCCCCUUGAAGUUGAAGUUAAUAAGAACUCAACCUAAGUCCCUGGUGUUGUAAGGGAGGAAAAUAUAGGCGUUUCCCUAGUAGCUAGUCCCUUGAGUUGAGCACUUACAUAAGGCCUGGCCCAUUCUGCAGGUGGUUACGGAGGAGGCUCCGGUGGUGGAUAUGGAGGGGGCUCCGGAGGCCGAAGGUUCUAGGGUCUGAGGUAAGCACUGUACUGAAAACAUUUCACUAGAUUGGACUGUUAAAUGUAGUUUUGGAGUCCAUACAUUAGAGGAAUUGAGAUUGCCAUUUCCACUAUGUGGCUUCCUUGGCAGAGCCUAGUCCAAGAUGCAGCAUAGUUGUUUUUAGAAAACAAAGCAGACCCUUUACAUGUGGCCAGUAGGCCUAUGCUCGAGGGCAAUCAUAUACCGUGAUACAUGUGCUGAAAUUGAUUAUCUGAGUUCUGUGUGGGGGAUCCAGCAGCAAACCUUUACUUUCACAGAAUCUACCAUCUAUUGAGCCCCUUGGCAUAUAUGGAUUGGACUGAGUUCGAAACAUCCCCCCAACUCCACACACACAAUCUGCCCUCCUUGUCUUUGCUAUGCAGUGCAACGGGCUUGAAUUGAAGGCUUGCUCCUGGCUUUUCUCCUCUUGACCCCACUCAAAUGUAGCUGAUAAUGACAAAAGAAGGAAGGUGCAAAAGUUUAACAAUGUUGUUCCAUAUUGUCCAACAGGCUACAGUACUUAGGAGAGGAGAGCCAGAGAGGUGACAGGGAAAGGAAGCAGCAGGUUUACCCCCUAGAUCUGCUCAGCCAAGCACAGUUGUGGCAGGUUUACAUCUGCCACAUGAAGAGAAAUGUACAGUAGAAAAGGAAAAAUCAUGUGGAGAGGGAGGG